ACUAAUACCUACCUAGGUACCUACCUACUGGCGAAUUGAAGAGGUUUUACUACCACGCACGCCAAAAUAUUACAACAAAUAUUCCAUAGAAUCAAUUCCACUCACCAGCUCAUCGGAUAAUCCUCAUAUGACUACCUAGGUACAUAACAUAUUACUCAUCCGGACAUUUCGUACCUACGAGGAGGUUACUUUCUACGCACCAACUUACACUCCUAUAUUUCACCUCAUGAUACCCGGACUUCCCUAAAUACAACAUGGCUACUUUAAAACGCUUCAUCGCCAACGCGGACGAGACCUUCCGGACCGUGGAUGCCAAUAAAGAACUCCUAGCCAGUCUCUACCGGAUCACAACACACUAUCCUCCGGUUCAUACAUGUUCCACAGGAUGGAAGUUCGAAGGUUUCUACAACGGACCAACUUCAAUUGCAUAUCUGUUCUACCGACUAUCUCAAAUCUUCCCGGAUAUGGAGUUUAAGCAGCAGUCUCUCCUAGACUGGGCCGAAGCCUACCUUGCUCUAGGCGCCCGUCGGACGAAGAAGGAUCCCUCCCCGAACAACUGUGGAAUCACAAACGAGACCUUAGCCCACCUCUCCCUCACCGCAGUCAUGAAGCGAGACAUCAACAUAGUCCGACAGAUCUGCUCCUUCGCCGCAUAUGUCAACAACUUACAGCUCACCAGCUCCGAUGAGUGGAUGUACGGACGCGCCGGUUACCUGUACUUCCUUCGUCUAUGCGAGACGCUAAUCAAGGAAACCCAGAACCCGGAAUCGAGCACGGCCACUCUCCUCGACAAGACCGUGGAUAACACCAUAACCCGCAUCCUAGCCAACCCCCCGCCGCACUACUGGCACGGCAAGGACUACCACGGCGCCGCCCACGGCACCAUCGGCAUGAUCACGCAGCUCGUGCUCACGCGCCCGUCUAUCGCCGUCGCCCUACACCUCAUGCUCGAGCUAGUCCUCAUCAGGCAAUUCGCCAGCGGCAAUUUCCCCGCCACCGAGGGCUCCCACGUCGACUUCCUCGUUCAGUUCUGCCACGGUGCGCCCGGCAUCAAUAUCGCCCUGCGCUCGCUGCUCCCGCAUUUCUCUGAAAAGGUCCGUGCGAAGAUGGAGGCCGCGAUGAAGAGUGCCGACGAAGAGGUGUGGAGGAGGGGCCUGCUGUCGAAGAACCCGUGCUUGUGCCAUGGCAUCCCGGGUAAUGCGCUGGCGCUUACCGAGGGCGGACAAGAGCGCUUGUUGCACUUCCUGUCGUGGAUGGGUACGGAGGAGUUGGAGAGUAGGGGUUGGUUGGCGCAGGAGGCUCGCGAUGGGGAGGCUGCGGGGUUGUUUACGGGGGAGGCGGGACGUGCGUGGGUUUGGGGCGUUGUGGCGGGGGGUUGGCCGAGGGUGCUUAUUGGGUUUAAUGAUAUUUGAG